AUGUUGCAUAGCGUUGCCAGACUCCCGCUAGCGAACUAUUUACGUUGCUGCACACCGACCAACCAUCUGCGAAAAGUUCCCCGCACCGGCGGCUUAAGCAGCAGCCAACUCGGUUUUCAGCCUGCGACAGUUGACUGUUGUUCCCUUUCAACAAGUUCCCCGUUGCUGUUUCACUCGAUUCCUUCUCCGCCGGCAUCACCCCAACAUCAGGCUUCCCAUCCCCUAGCGACAACGCAAGUGCGCUCUUGUUCGCAGCAUUCGAAAGGACCGACCAGCGGCAUGGAAGCGAACUCGAGCGGUGGUGCAGCAGCUGAACCAAAGUUCACCAACCGGUUGAAGCAGGAGAAAUCUCCCUAUCUGCUACAGCAUGCGCACAAUCCCGUCGAAUGGUACCCGUGGGGCGAAGAAGCGAUUCAACGAGCACGGGCGGAAAACAAGCUGAUUUUCCUCUCCGUCGGCUACAGCACCUGUCACUGGUGCCACGUGAUGGAGAAGGAAUCGUUCGAGAACGAGGAGGUUGCCAAAAUUAUGAACGAACACUUUAUCAACAUCAAAGUGGACCGGGAGGAACGGCCAGACAUCGACAAGCUGUACAUGAUGUUCAUUCUGCUGAUAAACAAUUCCGGCGGAUGGCCAAUGUCGGUGUGGCUAACACCGGAGCUGGCCCCAGUUACCGGAGGGACCUAUUUUCCACCGAAUGAUCGCUGGGGUAUGCCCGGGUUCACGACGGUUCUGACGAAGCUAGCUAGCAAGUGGUCCACCAACAAGGAGGAUCUCGUAUCCACGGGUCGGUCCGUAAUUGAGGCGAUUCGGCGCAAUGUGGACCAUAAGCGAGCGGACGAAGCGGAUGAUGUGACGAACGUGGAGACGCUGGAAGCGAAAUUUAAGCAGGCGGUCAACAUGUACCAGCGUAACUACGAUCCGGUGUGGGGUGGGUCACUCGGUGCGCCCAAAUUCCCAGAAGCAUCCAAGCUCAACCUGAUGUUCCAUCUGCAUGUGCAGGAGCCGAAGCAUAAGGUGCUAGGCGUGGUGUUGAACACGCUGGACAAGAUGGCGGCCGGUGGUAUACACGAUCACGUAUUUGGAGGCUUUGCGCGAUAUUCUGUAGAUAAGAAGUGGCACGUACCACAUUUCGAAAAAAUGCUGUACGAUCAGGGUCAAUUACUGUCCCUGUAUGCAAACGGUUACCGGUUGACAAGGAAACCCUCCUAUCUGACUGUGGCGGAUGCAAUCUAUCGCUAUCUGUGCAAGGACCUGCGUCACCAGGACGGUGGAUUUUACAGCGGCGAAGAUGCAGAUUCACUGCCUACGGCGGACAGUGAGGAAAAGAUCGAGGGUGCCUUCUACGCGUGGACGCACGAUGAAAUCAAGCAGAUACUCCAAACGCACGUGGAAAAGUUUGGUGAUCUGGGUGGGGUCGAUCCGAUGGCCGUGUAUGCCGGACACUACGACGUGAAGCAAGAGGGCAACGUGAAACCGACCAGCGAUCCACACGGACACUUGCUUGGCAAGAACAUUCUCAUCGUGUACGGAUCGGUGCGAGAAACGGCCGAAAAGUGCAACACGACGGUUGAAAUCGUCGAGCGUAUCUUGAAGACGGCUAAUGAACUGCUGCACGAGGUGCGUGACAAGCGACCGAGACCACAUUUGGAUACAAAAAUCCUUUGCGCCUGGAACGGCCUGGUCCUUUCCGGAUUGUCACAGUUGGCUUGCGUGAAGGAUGCACCGGGAAGGAGCGUGUAUCUUGCAACCGCCGAACAGCUGGUCAAGUUUAUCCGCACAAAUCUGUACGAUGUACAGGCGAGAAAGUUACUUCGCUCAUGCUACGGUGGUGCCGAAGAGACGUUGACAUCGGAACGACCCAUUUACGGGUUUAUCGACGAUUAUGCCUUCCUGAUUAAGGGGUUGAUCGAUUACUACGUUGCCUCGCUGGACGAACACGCACUGCACUGGGCGAAGGAGCUUCAGGACAUUCAGGAUGAGCUGUUCUGGGAUCCAAAGCAUGGUGCCUAUUUCUACUCGGAAGCGAACUCUCCGAACGUGGCCGUUCGGUUGAAGGAAGAACACGAUGGUGCUGAACCGUGCGGUAACAGUGUCGCCGCACACAAUCUCCUCCUGCUCAGCGAUUACUUCGAGGAGGAACGGCUCAAAGAGAAAGCGCGCACACUGUUCGACUACUUUGCGCAAACGGCUCACUUCGGGUACGUGCUGCCGGAAAUGAUGUCAGCCGCCCUGCUGGAGGAACAGGGCCGUAACACACUGAUCGUGGUCGGUCCGGAAAGCCCCGAGGCGAAUGCACUCGUCGAUUCGGUGCGCGAAUUUUACGUGCCCGGUAUGAUCACCGUACAGCUAAAGAUCGACCAACCGCCACACAUUGUGCGGCGCCGCAAGUCGCUGGAUAACUUCAAGAUGGUAAAGAACAUGCCGACUGCGUACAUCUGCCACAACAAGGUGUGCCAUCUGCCGGUGACGGAACCGGAGCGUUUAACGGAAGAGUUCCAGCCACGCUACACGUUCGACUACCAAGAGUACGAGAACUGA